GGAAGGGGAUGGCGCGGAGAGGGGAGGAGGCCGGCGAUUCCAGGGGACGCCCGAGAAAGGAAGUUCCGGGACCCUCCCUGCUCUCGGCCCACCUCCGCUUCCUGCCUCCUGCCUCACCUUGUCCCCUGCGCCUGGCCUGCCCGUGACUACUUGGAAAUGUGAGCUCCGCUGCACGCCCGGCUGCCCCUCAUCCCUGGGGGGUCCCCUGGGGCCUCUGACCCAGCCCCCCUCCAGGCCAGGCCCUGGGAGCUGGCUACAGGGACCGUGCCUCGGGCGCCAGUGGGCACCUGCCCAGCCCCACCUGUGCCUGGGCUGUGGCCCGUCCCCGCAGGGCGCUCACCAUGGCCCCGCCACUCCUGCUGCUGCUGCUGGCCAGUGGAGCAGCCGCCUGCCCGCUGCCCUGCGUGUGCCAGAACCUGUCGGAGUCGCUCAGCACCCUGUGUGCCCACCGAGGCCUGCUCUUUGUGCCGCCCAACGUGGACCGGCGCACCGUGGAGCUGCGGCUGGCCGACAACUUCAUCCAGGCCCUGGGGCCGCCUGACUUCCGCAACAUGACGGGGCUGGUGGACCUGACGCUGUCCCGCAACGCCAUCACCCGCAUCGGCGCCCGCGCCUUUGGGGACCUGGAGAGCCUGCGCUCCCUGCACCUGGACGGCAACAGGCUGGUGGAGCUGGGCGGCGGCAGCCUCCGCGGCCCCGUCAACCUGCAGCACCUCAUCCUCAGCGGCAACCAGCUGGGCCGCAUCGCGCCCGGCGCCUUCGACGACUUCCUGGACAGCCUGGAGGACCUGGACCUGUCCUACAACAACCUCCGGCAGGUGCCCUGGGCCGGCAUCGGAGCCAUGCCCGCCCUGCACACCCUCAACCUGGACCACAAUCUCAUAGACGCGCUGCCCCCCGGCGCCUUCGCCCAGCUCAGCCAGCUCUCCCGCCUCGACCUCACCUCCAACCGCCUGGCCACGCUGGCGCCCGACCCGCUCUUCUCCCGGGGCCGCGACGCCGAGGCCUCGCCCGCCCCCCUGGUGCUGAGCUUCAGCGGGAACCCCCUGCACUGCAACUGCGAGCUGCUCUGGCUGCGGCGCCUGGCGCGGCCCGACGACCUGGAGACCUGCGCCUCGCCCCCCGGCCUGGCCGGCCGCUACUUCUGGGCGGUGCCCGAGGCCGACUUCUCGUGCGAGCCGCCCCUCAUCGCCCGCCACACGCAGCGCCUCUGGGUGUUGGAGGGCCAGCGGGCCACGCUGCGGUGCCGGGCCCUGGGCGACCCCGCGCCCACCAUGCACUGGGUGGGCCCCGACGACAGGCUGGUCGGCAACUCCUCCCGCGCCUGGGCUUUUCCCAACGGGACCCUGGAGAUCGGGGUGACAGGCGCCGGGGACGCGGGGGCCUACACCUGCAUCGCCACCAACCCCGCCGGAGAGGCCACAGCCCGAGUGGAGCUCCGGGUGCUGGCCUUGCCCCACGGCGGGAACGCCAGCGCCGAGGGGGCCCGCCCGGGGCCCUCGGACAUCGCCGCCUCGGCGCGCACGGCGGCUGAGGGCGAGGGGACUGUGGAGUCAGAGCCAGCUGUGCAGGUGACGGAGGUGACCGCCACCUCAGGGCUGGUGAGCUGGGGGCCGGGGCGGCCGGCCGAGCCCGUGUGGAUGUUCCAGAUCCAGUACAACAGCAGCGAGGACGAGACCCUCAUUUACCGAAUCGUCCCAGCCUCCACUCACCACUUCCUGCUGAAGCACCUGGUCCCUGGCGCCGAUUACGACCUCUGCCUGCUGGCACUGUCACCUGCCGCUGGGCCCUCUGACCUCACGGCCACCAGGCUCCUGGGCUGUGCCCACUUCUCCACCCUGCCGGCCACGCCCCUGUGCCACGCCCUGCAGGCCCACGUUCUCGGCGGGACCCUGACAGUGGCCGUGGGCGGCGUGCUGGUGGCUGCCUUACUGGUCUUCACCGUGGCCUUGCUGGUUCGGGGCCGGGGGGCUGGGAAUGGCCGCCUCCCCCUGAAGCUCAGCCACGUCCAAUCCCAGACCAACGGAGGCCCCAGCCCCACACCCAAGACCCACCCGCCGCGGAGCCCCCCGCCACGCCCCCAGCGCAGCUGCUCCCUGGACCUGGGAGAUGCGGGCGGCUGCUACGGGUACGCCCGGCGCCUGGGAGGGGCCUGGGCCCGAAGGAGCCACUCGGUACACGGGGGGCUGCUCGGAGCAGGCUGCCGGGGGGUGGGGGGCAGCUCGGAGCGGCUGGAGGAGAGUGUGGUGUGACGGGAGGGCGGCCUCCCCGUGCCCUGAUGAACACGCAGCGCGGGCCAGGGGGUCGGGCGGCAGCUGCCCACCCGGGGGCCACCCCGAUUUUUAUCCUCGGUACCUCAGGCUCCCUGUGUGCUUGGCGGGACAGGGGCCCCUCCCUCGGUCGGGCUCCAGACCGGGAAAGGGUCAGGUCCUUCUGACAGGUGCUCUCAGCCACCACCAAGCAGGGCAGCAGCCACCAGGUGGGAGUCUCAUUUCUAUUUAUAAUAAAAUUGUU